UUCUUCUUCCUCUCCUCACUCCUCAGUCCCGUCUCCUGCUGCUUCUUCUUCCUCCUGGCUCCUGCUACAGUGCUGCGCAGUGCUUUAUUUUCUUCUUCUUCUUCUUCAAUUUUUCUUCUCUUCCACGCACAGACCCUCCGCCUCACCUCACUCUCACCGUGGAACCUCCCCUCAAUGAGUCGACUCACGCAGCCCCUCUCUCACUAGUCACGGUAUCCAAACGUAGAUCCAUGCUCUUGAGUCUUGAUAAGAAAGAGGAAGAAGGGCGUCUGUGGAACUGAAACCCUAAGUAAUGGCGACGACAUCGCAUGCUCAGGCUGUGAAGUCCCUCAACAAAUCCCCUGGGCACCGCCGUUUUGUCUUCAAGACGUUCUCUCAGAGGGUAGAAGAGAUAGAAAUUGAUGUUUACAAAAGUCUUGAUGAAGUGAAACCUGAGCCAUCAGAGGGCUCCUCCUUUUUUCGGGACUGCCUCAUAGAAUGGAGGGAAUUGAAUACUGCUGAGGAUUUUAUUUCAUUUUAUGUGGAAAUAAUGCCCUUGGUACAAACAUUACCUUUGGUUCUAUUGCACAAGGAAUUAAUAGUGUCAAAACUUCUCUCAAGUUUACAUAUGAAAGCAAGGCUAUCUCUGGAGCCUAUUCUUAGGUUAAUUGCUGCUCUAUCUAGAGAUCUCUUGGUGGAUUUUAUCCCCUUUAUGCCGAGGAUUGCUGAUUCUUUAGCAUCUCUCCUACAAAGUGGUGCUGAUAGGGAGCCAGAGAUUAUUGAACAGAUAUUUAUAUCGUGGUCAUAUAUUAUGAUGUAUUUGCAGAAGUAUUUGAUACGAGACCUUGUUUAUCUUCUCAAGGUGACGGUAAAACUAAGAUUUUAUCCCAAGGAUUAUGUUCAAGAAUUUAUGGCAGAGGCAUUAUCAUUCUUGCUUAGGAAUGCGCCAGAUGAGCAGUUGCAGUAUGGUAUUAAAAGGAUAAUGAGUGAAGUUGUGAAGAAACCAUUGCCUACAAGAAAACUUGGUGUCAGUGCUUUACUAUGUUAUGUCAUGAGAGGGGCCUCAUCAAGGUUCCAUUCAAGAGCAGAACGAGUAUCGCGGCAAUUGAUGGACAGUGCAAUAUUGGGUUCAGAGGCUGUUCUUGAAGUUGUUAUUUCUGCAUUUCAAAGACUCUGUGAGGAUAUAGAGGCAAAGGAGUUGGAUUUUAUGUUGAAAUACUUAUAUAAAAAAAUUACUAACUCUGUAAUUGGUGGAUCCAUUUUGCAUUUAAGUAACCUCCUUUCGCUACUUAUUUCCAUUGUUCAGAUUCAUAAUGGGCGAAUGGUUUAUGAUUACCAGUCAUUGCUUGAACAUGCGGGGUUCCUUAUGCAAAAUAUUCUCAUGUCUUCUGGCAUUACGAAGGCAGAGAAGCAUCAAACCAAGGCUGUUGAUAAGAUUCUGGAAUUGAUGUUAUGUAUUCUGAAUGGCCUCCACAAUAAAAAUAACAUGCCAGCCAUCUCUGAUUGUUCAUUGCAAUGGUCUCCUGUAUUUAGGUUAAGGAACUCAAGCUUGCUGAAUUUUAUUAGAGAACUACUACAAAAGGACCCUUGCAUAUUAUAUAUUUUCAGAGUAAACAUCUUGAGUGCGUUGAGUGAUUUGAUAGAGACUUCAAAAGAAGAGGUUUUAUUUCUAUUAUUGUCCUUCUGUGAAAUUAUGGAAGCAAAAGUGCAAGGGUCCAACUUCUCAGACAGCACAUCUGGAGAAGUGUCUUCAAAGAUUCAGAGUUUUUUGCAGGAAGCUAUCUGCUAUUGGAUUGGGGCAAUAAAUGACAUUGUGCAUGGGGAUUCAUCAUGUAGUCAUAUUCAUGAGACUGAGUUAGCUUUGCUGUGGGGAAUGAUUAGCUGCUAUCCCCGUAUGAUUGAUAACCCAGAGAUGUCAUCCUAUUUAAUAGAUUUGAUUGAUGCACUUGAUCGGCUACUGAUGAUUGAAGCAGGCUCCGUAGCAGGUCUUCCUAAACAAACAUGGCAAAGCGUAAUUGGUGCUGCUUUGAGUUCUUAUAACAAAUCACUUCAUGGUAAAGAAUCCCAGCCUGAAGAAACAAGCAAAUUUUUGUAUCUGGCAAAAAGAUACACGUCAUCUGCACAAGUAUUGUCUGCUGUAGCUGAUUAUUUGGAUAUUGUCUAUGGGCCUACAGUGGAAGCACACAGUAGCAAUAGGAAGUAUCACCCAGAACUUUCUGUGGAGAAGGCUGUGGAUGCAGUAAUGAUAUUUGCUGAUAAUUUGCGCCACUCUAACAAGGGGAUACGCUUUUCAACUCUUAGAAUAUUGUGCCACUAUGAACCUCUGAGCUCUGUAGAUUCUACGGAUGAUCAAGCAGUUGGGAAGAAAACAAAAUCUGAAGUUGCUCAGGGAUCCCAUAUGGAUAGUCAGGGCAUGAAUGUUCUCCAGUUGCUUCUCUCAAUCGAGGAAACUUCUCUUUCAAUUUCUACAAGCCGGAAAGUUAUCCUAUGGAUUUCCAGAAUACAGAUGGGUCUUCCUGCUGGCAGGGUACCUCGAGCCUAUGUGCCCCUUGUCUUAAAUGGGAUAAUUGGUGUAUUGAAUAACCGCUUUAGCUAUCUUUGGAAUCCGGCAUUGGAAUGCCUUGCAGUUUUGUUGAGCCAGCAUGUUCGAGUUGUAUGGGAUGAAUUUAUUUCUUGUCUUGAGCAGUACCAAUCGAUAUUUCAUACAUCUAAAGAACAAGACCGGGGGAACUCUGAGUUACAUGAGGAGUUAAGUGAUAUUGUACAGCAUUUUUAUUCGUUUGUUACUCCGGAAUCAGAUAGCACUCCAUAUGCAACAGUAUUAUCCUUGUUGCUCCAAUCCUUGCAAAAGAUUCCAAAUGUUGUCGAAUCCCAUUCUCAACAGUUUAUAUCUUUGUUCUUAAAGUUUCUGGGCUAUAAUCUCAAUGAUCUUAUGAGUGUGGGAUUAUUCGAUUCACGCGCUUGUAAAGGCAGAGAGUGGAAGGGUGUCCUUAAGGAAUGGUUAAACUUGCUGAAAAUAAUGCGCAACCCCAGGUCUUUUUAUCAGAGUCAAUUUCUUAGAGAAGUUCUGCAAAAUAGGCUUUUGGAUGAAAAUGAUGCUGAAAUACAGAUGAAGGUUCUUGAUUGCCUGUUAAUUUGGAAGGAGGAUUUCUUGCUUCCCUAUGAUCAGCAUCUGAGGAACUUGAUUAGUGUUAGAUAUCUGCGAGAAGAACUGACUACUUGGAGUUUGUCAAAAGAAUCUAAUUUAAUUGAAGAACAGCACAGACCUUAUGUUGUGCCUAUAGUUAUCCACCUUCUAAUGCCAAAAGUUAGGAAAUUGAAGGCACUUGCCUCUCGAAAGAAUGCAAGUGUUCAUCACAGAAAGGCAGUUCUUGGUUUCAUUGCUGAACUUGAUAUUAUGGAGCUUCCACUUUUCUUCGCAUUGUUAAUAAAGCCAUUGCAAAUUAGUUCAGAAGAUACUGAUAGUUCACCCGAAAAUUCUAUGGAUCAAUUUCAAGGAUUAAGUUUCUUAAAGUAUUUUACGGUGGAUAAUAUAACUGCCCUGUCUUGGAAGAAGCGAUAUGGUUUUAUGCAUGUGAUUGAAGAUAUCCUAGGAGUUUUUGAUGAAUUCCACAUCAGACCUUUUCUUGAUCUAUUAAUGGGAUGUGUUGUUCGGGUUUUGGGAAGCUGCACAUCAAGUAUUGAUGCUGCAAAGUGCGAUGGAUUAUCCUCACGUGAUGAUCAUUCUGUUGCUGACCUAACUUUACUCAAUAAAGACAGUGCACCAGCAAGUCAUGGCACGACAAGCAGCACUGUGAAGCAGUUCAAAGAUUUAAGGUCUCUCUGCCUGAAAAUCAUCUCUCUUUUCCUUGACAAGUAUGAAGAUUACGAAUUUGGUUGUGAGUUCUGGGACCUAUUCUUUACAUCUGUGAAACCUUUAGUUGAUGGUUUCAAACAGGAGGGUUCCAGCAGUGAGAAACCAAGUUCGCUGUUUUCUUGCUUUGUUGCUAUGAGUAGAAGCCACAGGCUUGUAUCACUCUUGAGUAGGGAAAAGAAUCUCGUUCGUGAUAUAUUUUCAAUGCUUAGUAUUAAGUCAGCUUCUGAAGCUAUUGUCUCAUGCGUUCUUAAGUUCGUUGAGAACCUGUUGAAUCUUGAUAGUGAGUUCGGGGAUGAAGAUGCUAGUACAAAAAGAGUUUUACUUCCAAACCUUGAGGCACUUAUCUGCAGCUUGCAUUGCCUUUUUCAAAGUGAUAGUGCAACAAAGAGGAAAUUGGUCAAAUGUCCUGGGGAGAGGGACAUAAGAAUUUUCAAGUUAUUAUCAAAGUAUAUAAAGGACCCGUUGCUAGCAAGAAAAUUUGUAGAUGUCUUGCUCCCAUUCAUAGCAAAGAGAGCUAAAGUUUCUCAUCUGUGUUCUGAAGCUGUGCAAGUCAUUCGAGAAAUUGUUCCAGUGUUAGGAAGCGACAGUACUAAAAAGGUUUUAACUGCAGUUUCCCCGCUACUUACUUCUGUGGAAUUGGAGAUGCGGCUGUCUAUUUGUCAUCUUCUUGAUUCUCUUGCGGAAGCUGAUCCUACUAUCCUGUCCAUGGCAAAACUUGUUCAUGACUUGAAUGCAACUUCUGCUGCUGAAUUGGGUAGCCUUGAUUAUGACACCAUAAUAAAUGCUUAUGAGAAGAUUUGUGUCAAUUUCUUCUAUAGUAUUCAAGAGGAUCAUGCAUUGGUGAUUUUAUCACAUUGUGUAUAUGACAUGUCUUCUGAAGAAUUGAUCUUAAGGCAUAGUGCUUAUAGGUCAUUGCUCUCGUUUGUUGAAUUUUCUGCCCUGAUUCUUUGCCAAGAUGGAAAAGGUCAGCAAGAAAUGACUUCUAAGUUGAUUAUGCUUGAUAAGGGUUGUUGGACAAGAGCAUCUAUUCAGCGUAUAAUAAAGUUCCUUUUGAAACAUAUGGGUGUUACUUUGAGCGGAGAAAGUAAUGUCAAGAAGGAAUGGAUAGAUUUACUACGAGAAAUGGUGUUGAAACUUCCAGAAGUAGAAAAUCUUACUUCAUUGGGGGCUCUGUGUAGUAAAGAUGCUGAAGUCGAUUUUUUCAACAAUAUUGUUCAUUUACAAAGACAUAGGAGAGCAAGGGCAUUGUCUCGUUUUAGAAAUGUUAUCAAUACAGGCAACAUGUCAGAGGGAAUUAUAAAUAAAGUCUUCGUGCCUCUCUUUUUUAGUAUGUUGUUUGAUGCACAAGAAGGAAAAGGAGAAAAUGUUAGAGCUGCAUGCAUAGAGGCCCUAGGUUCAAUUUCUGGUCAUGUUGAAUGGAAUUCAUACUAUGGAUUAUUAGUUAGAUGCCUUCAAGGGGUGACGAAGAAUCCUGACAAGCAAAAGCUCUUUUUGAGACUUACUUGCUCUAUAUUGGACAAUUUUCAUUUUUCAGAAAUUAGUAACAGCCAAAAAGCGAAUGAAUCUUUGGAGAAUGGUACUGGUGAAGGGACCAUUAGUAGGGUUUCUUCAGCUAUUUUACAGGAGUGCAGUACUUCUACUAUGUUAACUGAGAUACAGGCAUCCCUUAGUAAAACAGUGCUCCCAAAGAUGCAGAAGCUACUGAAUUCUGAUUCUGACAAGGUCAAUGUGAACAUCAGUUUGGCCGCUCUGAAACUACUAAAAUUACUUCCCGCAGACAUAAUGGACUCAUUGCUUCCAAGUAUCAUUCAUCGCAUUUCAAACUUCUUAAAGAAUCGUUUGGAAAGCAUACGUGAUGAAGCUAGAUCUGCUUUGGCUGCUUGUUUGAAGGAGCUUGGGCUGGAAUACCUGCAGUUUAUUGUCAGGGUCUUGCGAGCUACCUUGAAACGAGGAUACGAGCUGCAUGUAUUGGGUUAUACACUCAAUUUCAUCUUGUCCAAGUCUCUUUUAGUUCCUGCUUGUGGGAAAUUGGAUUACUGUUUGGAAGAUCUUCUCUCUGUAGUAGAGAAUGAUAUUCUUGGAGAUGUUGCUGAGCAAAAAGAGGUGGAAAAGAUUGCUUCAAAAAUGAAAGAAACUAAGACACGAAAAUCCUUGAAAACCUUGGAAUUGAUAGCCGAAAGCAUAACAUUCAAAACCCAUGCCUUGAAGCUUCUUUCACCUGUUACUACACAUUUGCAAAAGCAGGUGACACCAAAAGUUAAAACUGAACUGGAAAGGAUGUUAAAUCACAUAGCCAUUGGUAUAGAUCGUAAUCCAUCUGUAGAUGAGACUGGUCUAUUCAUCUUUUUAUAUGGCCUUAUUGAAGAUGGUAUUAAAGACGAAAAUGGUGAGGGUGAACAUUCAUUAGCGGCAGAGGCAAAGAAACAUCAUAGAAAUGACUCGCGUGGAAAAAGAAUAACUUCGGGCCGGAUUCUCAAUGUAUCUUCUCAUCUUAUUAUUGUGUUUGCUCUCAGGAUAUUGCACAAACGUAUCAAAAGCUUGAAACUGGGAAAAUGUGAACACGGGUUAUCAAUGCUGGAUCCUUUUGUCAUGCUUCUUGUCAACUGCUUGGAUUCUAAGUAUGAAGAUAUUUUAGCUGCAUCCCUUAGUUGCCUCACUCCAUUGGUAAGGCUGCCUUUACCAUCCCUUGAAUCCCAAGCUGAUAAAAUGAAGGAAGCAGUCUUGGCUAUUGCACAGAAUUCGGUAACUUCCAGCAGUCUUCUAAUGCAGUCGUGUCUGAGAUUGUUGGCUGUGCUUCUACGGAGCACCAGAAUCACCCUUUCAUCAGAUCAGUUGCACAAUUUAAUUCAGCUUCCCCUGUUUGUUGAUAUUGAAAAAAAUCCUUCUAAUCUUGCCCUUUCACUUUUAAAGGCCAUUGUUAGCCGCAAGCUUGUUGUUGCUGAGAUAUAUGAUCUUGUAACUCAAGUUGGUGAAUUGAUGGUGACUAGUCAAGUGGAUUCAAUUCGCAAGAAAUGCAGUCAAAUCUUAUUGCAAUUUUUACUUGAUUAUCAGCUUUCUGUGAAACGUCUGCAGCAACACCUAGAUUUUCUGCUUUCAAAUCUAAGAUAUGAGCAUUCAACUGGAAGAGAAGCUGUGCUUGAAAUGCUUCAUGCAAUCAUUGUCAAAUUUCCAAGAAAAAAUGUGGAUGAGCAAUCACAGACGUUAUUUGUACAUUUGGUGGUUUGCUUAGCCAAUGAUCAUGAUAGUAGGGUUCGUUCCAUGACUGGGGCAGCUAUAAAGAAGCUCAUUGGGUGCAUAAGCUCACAUUCACUCCAUUCAAUUCUUGAGUACACAUUAUCUUGGUAUUCAGAAGAGACACAGCAACUGUGGAGUGCUGCUGCACAGGUCCUGGGAUUUCUGGUUGAGGUAAUGAAGAAAGGAUUUGAAAGACAUGUUAAUAGAGUAUUGUCGGUGACAAGAAAAAGUUUGCAGUCUGCCAUUGGUGCUGUCACCUGUAGGCAACUAGAUUUCUCUGAGGAGCCUACUGUUGCUUUCUGGAGAGAGGCAUACUAUUCCCUUGUUAUGCUGGAGAAGAUGCUUCAUCAGUUCCCUGAUUUGUGCUUUCAAAGUGAUCUUGAGGAUAUUUGGGAGGCAAUCUGUGAGUUGCUUUUGCACCCACACAUGUGGUUACGCCACAUAUCCAGUCGCCUGAUAGCCUUGUACUUUGCCAGUGCAAUAGAAGCACCUAAAGAAAAUGAAGAAAAAUCAUUACAAGCUUAUUUUCUUAUGAAGCCAAGUAGACUUUUUAUAAUAGCUGUUUCCCUCUGCUGCCAACUGAAGACACAACUCGAUGAUUCUUCCACAGACCUUAUAACACAAAAUCUUGUCUUCACGAUUUGUGGAAUGAAUUCUUUGAUGGCGCAGAUGGAGUUCUGGUCUACCCUUGAACAGCAUGAGCAAGUCCAUUUUCUUGAAGCUUUCCAAUUGCUGGAUUCAAGAAAGGGAAAAAGCGUCUUUUUGUCUCUUACAUCUGGUGUAAGUUAUCAAAAGGAUCCUGGUCAAUCCAAUGAUAUCCGACAUGCAAUUGUUUCUUAUUUGCUCAAAAGAAUGGGAAAGAUUGCCCUUCAGAUGGAGGCUGUUCAGAUGAAAAUUAUAUUCAAUUGUUUUUCAAAAUUGUCAUCACAAAUCAGUCGGGACGAUUGCCUACAUUAUGUACCCGAAAUCCUGCUGCCCCUAUAUAAAGUUUGUGAAGGAUUUUCUGGGAAAGUGAUCCCUGAUGACAUAAAGCAAUUGGCAGAAGAAGUUCGUGAAACUAUAAAGAAUACUAUAGGUAUCCAAAACUUCGUACAAGUGUACAGCGAGAUCAGGAAGAAUCUCAAGGCGAAACGGGACAAGAGAAAACAGGAAGAAAAGGUUAUGGCUGUUGUCAAUCCAAUGCGCAAUGCGAAGAGGAAGCUAAGGAUUGCCGCUAAGCAUCGUGCCAACAAGAAAAGGAAGAUAAUGACAAUGAAAAUGGGGAGAUGGGUUCACCAGAAACAAAGGACUAUGUAAUAUAUAAUAAAAUAUAUAGUAUCACAUAGGCUUCACAAGAAAAUGUAUAGAUCCUGCAUCAAUAGAAAUUACUUUUUCAAGCAA